CUCUCUCGCACUCUAGUAAUUUCUCUCUUUCUCUCUUCCCUGUCUGUUGUGAUCGUUGGGCAGUAGCGCCGUCGCGGGGAGGUGGAGGUUGCACCUUUUGCCGCAUCUCGGAAUCUCGCGCGUUGCUCAUUUGCCGUACAUAGGAGAGGAGAAGAGAGGCAGGGAAAGAGGGAGUGCGAGAGCGACCAAGAAAGAGAGAAAGAGAAACCUCCGCUAGGUAGUAGUAUGCGAACAGUACGGUGGUCGGACAGUUCCAGUUCCGUUUCGAUUAGACGAGACUACGCUGGGGUUUUUGGCUCGCUUGUGGCCCGUGAAACGUACGCGUAAUGCCGUUUAUCGUGGCCAUUGACGGCACUCGGUGCUGCUGGUGCUGUUGCUGUUUACCCGGCGCGCUAACUGCACGCCGCUUUUACAAGAGGAACUGCAUAGUUGAAGAAGAUACGAAGUGAACCAACUUCGUGAGUGUUCGAAAAGAUAGCUUACGUGUGGCUCGUUUGGAUCGUUCGAUACGACAUCGUGAUUAUGCUCAUAAAAGGGUCAAGUCGUGAGGAAUAGAGGAGUGUACUGUAAAAUCCGCAUGUCCCGAUUCACUGGAGUGCGUAAUUUAUCGGGGAAUCGACGUCACAAAUCGGAUGACGUAGCGUGUCGUCGCGGUUAUCGUUGUUGUUCAUUGAAGGCAGUUUGCCUAGCGGCUGCAUUUGGUGUAUAUGUAGAAAAGUAUGCUCAUCACAUAGUGAUAAGGAGGUAGAUCCAAAUACUCCAGAAAAGGUACCAAGAACUCCUUCGGAAAGGAAAAGAAAACGUAAAGCUGAUGAUGGAGGUGGAGGAGUUACUGGGGGACCUGUAGGAAGUAAGGGGUCUAGAUCUGUUGCUGCUCUUGAAAAUAAAAAAAUAAAUGAGUAUUUUUCAAAACAUCAUUUGGGUAAUAGCCCCAUUCGACAUGGGGGUGCUAAAAGUCCUUCACCUCAACAGGGAUAUCCUAUGUAUCCACCAUCGCCUCAACAACUCCUUUCACCGCAAGUAACAACACCCAAUUCUUCAGUGGCAGAAUUUUCUUCACUGAUGCAGCCGCCAAGACCUCAUCCUCAACCUCCACCUCCUCCUCCACCAACCUCAACACAACCUGCAGGCUCGAUGGUCAGCAAGCAGGUGCAGGUAAGGCCUACCAACCUCAGUAGGACAAGCCAGGUCAGGCAAGCGAAGACUAACACCCCAAAUACAACUGAUGAACUUAGGCAUCAAAUGGCUAAUCAACAAAAACUAAUUGAACAGCACAAAUCUCAUAUAAAUAAGUGUAUAGAUGUUGUAAAGAAGCUAUUAAAAGAAAAAUCAAACAUAGAAAAAAAGGAGGCUAGGCAAAAGUGUAUGCAAAAUAGACUGAGGUUGGGUCAAUUUGUAACUCAAAGGGUGGGUGCAACAUUUCAAGAAAAUUGGACGGAUGGUUAUGCAUUUCAAGAAUUAGCACGACGACAAGAAGAAAUCGCAACUGAACGAGAAGAGAUCGAUAAACAAAAAAAGCUAUUACUCAAAAAGAGGCCAUCAAACAGUGAAACUGGUAGAAAACGUAGUCAGCCUCAACCUUCUUUGCACAAUGGCACGGAAGCUACAUUCUUAAAGCCAGAUGCAGUACCUGGAUCUUAUACGUGGCAAGAGUAUUAUGAAGCUGAUGAAAUACUCAAGUUAAGACAAAGUGCGUUGAAAAAAGAAGAUGCCGAUCUGCAACUAGAAAUGGAAAAACUCGAAAGAGAACGAAACUUGCACAUUAGAGAACUGAAACGUAUUCACAACGAGGACCAAUCGAGAUUCAAUUCUCAUCCUGUAUUGAACGAACGUUACCUUCUACUAAUGUUGUUAGGAAAAGGUGGUUUCAGUGAAGUGCAUAAGGCAUGCGUUACGAGAAUACAAUAUACAUAAAGCUCUUGAUCAUCCUCGUGUUGUGAAAUUGUAUGAUGUGUUUGAAAUUGACGCCAAUUCUUUUUGUACUGUCUUGGAAUAUUGUGAUGGCCAUGAUUUAGAUUUUUAUCUUAAGCAGCAUAAGACUAUACCUGAAAGAGAAGCAAGAUCUAUUGUUAUGCAAGUUGUAUCUGCAUUAAAGUACCUCAAUGAAAUAAAACCCCCAGUCAUACAUUAUGAUUUAAAGCCAGGUAAUAUAUUAUUAACUGAAGGUAAUGUUUGUGGAGAAAUAAAGAUUACAGAUUUUGGAUUAAGUAAAGUAAUGGAUGAAGAAAACUAUAAUCCAGAUCAUGGAAUGGAUUUAACAUCUCAAGGAGCUGGUACCUAUUGGUAUCUUCCACCAGAGUGUUUUGUUAUUGGUAAAAAUCCUCCAAAAAUAUCAUCAAAAGUUGAUGUUUGGAGUGUAGGAGUUAUAUUUUAUCAAUGUCUAUAUGGCAAAAAGCCUUUUGGACACAAUCAAUCUCAAGCUACAAUUUUAGAAGAGAAUACAAUUUUAAAAGCUACUGAAGUUCAAUUUGCAAAUAAACCAACUGUUAGCAACGAAGCAAAGAGUUUCAUAAGAAGUUGCCUAGCAUAUAGGAAAGAAGAACGUAUAGAUGUGUUGACAUUAGCUAGACACGAAUAUCUACAACCUCCAGUGCCAAAACAUGGCCGUCAAGCGAAUAAUCAGCAGCAGCAGCAACAACAACAACAGAUUCAACAGCAGCAACAAACCUCAUUUAGUAUUGGCAUGUUUAGUGGUAUGAACGCGUCAAGCAGUUCGUAG